CGUCGCCUGACUCCCGAAGCUCAGAGAAGCAGCUAGUCAGUCAAUCGUGAGUUCGUGACUGAAAAUGGCGGAGGUGGAAGCGACGGCGACGGCGGGGCGGCCGAGGCUGUACUCGUACUGGCGCAGCUCGUGCUCCCACCGCGCCCGCAUCGCCCUCAAUCUCAAAGGCGUGGACUACGAGUAUAAGGCGGUGAACCUUCUCAAGGGCGAGCAGUCUGAUCCAGAAUUCCUGAAGCUUAAUCCUAUGAAGUUUGUCCCUGCGCUGGUUGAUGAUGAUGCAGUAAUUGGCGACUCUUAUGCAAUAGCAUUGUAUUUGGAGGACAAGUACCCCGACCCUCCUCUUUUGCCUCAAGACCCUAAAAAGAAGGCUUUGAAUCACCAGAUUGCGAACAUUGUAAGUUCUGGUAUUCAACCUCUCCAUAAUCUCUCAGUGUUGAGGUUCAUUGAGCAAAAAGUUGGUGCAGGGGAGAGUGUCUCGUGGACCCAACAACAAAUUGAGAGAGGUUUCACAGCAAUUGAGAACCUGAUACAACAAAAAGGCUGUGGUGGGAAGUAUGCAACAGGAGAUGAAAUCCAACUGGCAGAUGUAUUCCUCGCUCCCCAGAUUUAUGCAGCCAUUGAGCGCACUAAAAUUGACAUGUCGAAUUACCCCACCCUUGCGAGGCUCCACGCAUUGUACAUGGCACACCCUGCAUUCCAAGCAGCGCUCCCUGCUAAGCAACCGGACGCCCCUUCCUGUACCUAGGAACUGCGGUGUUCUUGCUUCGUCAGCCUUGUAUAUUUCUCAUCUGAAUACAGACAGAUUUGGUGUUGUUACUUGCUUGUUGGUUAUCCUGUAAUAGGAACAAGCACAGAAUUUCCUGUGCACAGUGCAUCAGAAUAAGAGUGGUUUCUGGUCUUCUUCAGGUAGGCUUCUCAUGUAUGAUUUGUUCAGCUGUAAAAUUUUCCAUGGAUGCACAAAAUUGGCAUUUGGCAGGAAGCCCUA